AUGAGAAGGAUCCCUCGCGUAAUGAGUCGAGUUCCAACAAUAGCGACCGUUGUCCGCGGUGCCGGCGUCAACAUUGUUCUAAAGGCCGAUCAACCCACUGGUCGCACUGUUGCUGGGACCGUCCAGGAUGUGCUGACGCGGGGCAAUCACCCUCGGGGCAUCAAAGUGCGGCUGACCGAUGGUCGGGUCGGACGUGUGCAGUCGCAUUCCGGGUCUCAACAGGCUGGCCUGCCUACGGAGCAGGAGAUGCUAGAAGCAGCCGGAGGGCCAGUUCCGUUCGAAGACCGACGACCACCAAGGCGCCGUGAAGGCCGACGGCAGGAGCCACAGGGGGAACUGCCUCCAUCACAGGUUGGACUCGAGGCAUAUAUUCGACCUGCGAAACAAAAGAACGGCGGGAGGAACAGGGCAGCAGCAGCUGCGGGAACCAACAGCGAGGUGGCGGCGUCAAACGCCACUGUUGAAGUCGUCACUUGUCCCGUCUGCGGCGUCUUUGAAGGGGAUGCAGCUGCAGUAGAGCAUCAUGUUGCCAGCCAUUUUGAUUAA